AACGGAGCAGUCGCGCGCGCAACCGCCGUCGGAUUGUUGUUUGUCAAUAUUCUCUCCUCCUCCGCCUUCUCCGCCCCCACGUCGCUACAUCGCUAACAACUCGCGGCUCGCGGCUCGCGGCGUCGCUUAUCUCCUUUAUCCUCCCGCCGCCGCUUCGGGGGUACGCGCAUCGUUCGAGGACGAAAUCCGUCGCGGCGAACGUUUCGCUCGUACGUCGCGCUGGCAUGACGUACGGCGGACGACAGGUUCGGUAGCGCGACGUGAACGAAUCGUCCACCCAUUUAACUUCUCUCUCUCUUUCUCUCUCUCCGACGUUCUUUCCCUCCGCCCGCCCACUCGUCCGCGGCUCCCAGCCACCGUCGCCGACGACGCCAGGACGUUGGAAUGUGUGAACGUAGUGGGACACGCGUACUGUAACGUGCAACGGACGCGAGCGCACGUGCGUGCAUACACGUACACGUACGCACACACAUACACGACACUGACACUACACGAUGCGCCGACGAGCUCCCCGCCGUUAGGAGGAUGCGCCGACCCGUGACCUCGUCGCCGGCGGGACUCCGGGCUUGACAGCGAGCGGCAACGGCAGGUUUUCGGCUCCCCCUCCCCCCGGGAGGUGACGUCGUCGCCGAGCGAGGAAGCUCCUAUAGUUGAAGCUUUCAGUCUCCCGAGGUGUCAACUGAUCUCCGGAGGAGUACACGGAGUAUAUUGCGGCGAGGUAUUCCUCCACGAGGUUUCGAGGAAAACGUGAACUACAUAGCGCAUCCUAUCGAAAGAGGGGAGGCGCCAGACUAAACGUGUGUGACGCACUGGAGAGAAUUCCCCCAGUGUCUCAUACCAAAUGUGCGAACGAAUUCGCUAUCGGUGAAACGGCGGGUGUAAAUAAUGUGAGUUGACUCCCGCGGGGUAAACAGAAGGUCAAUUCCGCCCUGAUAAACACGCACAGCAGCUUUGUCGGUGUUAAACUCGAUGUAUUUUUGCCGAUGAUUUAUUAGAAGAAAAUGUGUGAUGACAGAGUGAUAGAAUAUAGAGACAUAGGUGGAAAAUAUACGAUCGAUUGUGACAGACUACUGUGUAUCUCGCUUAGUUGAUGUACGGGAACGUCUUGCCUUAGACGUUUGGCUAGCGCUUUCAUUGCAUAUCUUUAGUCGUCGCUCUUGGUUGGAAAAUACUCCGGAGUUUAGAAAACUACGUAAUUUCAUGAGGCCGAAGGUGCCUCGAAAGAGGGGAAACUUUCUUUUAAGAAGGUAUUGCGUUCUACAAUUGACUGCAACGAACAAUGAACCAUUCGGGAAGCGGAAAACGCCAGGCGAAGGUUUUGGAAGAAAAUUAUUGGGACUGCAGUGUCUGCACUUAUAGGAAUACAGCGGAAGCAUUUAAGUGCCUCAUGUGUGACGUCCGCAAAGGUACUUCUACGCGGAAACCCCGCAUAAACCCCCAAUUGGUAGCUCAACAGGUUGCGCAGCAACAAUAUGUACCACUUCUGAAGCCGGGCAAGAAAGAAGGGAGUGGCGGUAGUAGCACGGCCAGCGGCGUCAAAGAAAAAGAGCGCAAACUGGACAAAUUGAGGCGCAAGAAUAGGCAUCCACCGCGUUUGAAAAAUAUCGACCGUAGCACCGCACAAUCGAACGAGGUAACAGUUAAUAAUGUUACCGUCACUAUCACGGAAUAUAAGCCCAAGGUGAAGAAGGGCUCGGAUCAGUCGAGCAACGCGAGCUCCGAAGGCGGCAGUCAGCACGAUUCGAAUCAGGACUCAAGAAGCCUCGACGUAGGAACCGAUGCCUAGUUUAAAUACUAAUGUUACAUAUGUGUGUAUGAAUUAUUCUAAUUAAUAUAUUGCAUGUAUGUCAACUCCAUGGUCAACUGUACAUCCUCUAAGCAAAUGACUGACCAUUUGUUGACAGUUGGCUCUUUUCUCUUUGCUUUGCGUCGCAAAUACGGCGCAAGUAUGACGAAUCUAAUAAGGUCAUGCAUUUUAUGAUGUCAACGGGGAUAUUAUUAUUGACUGAGCAAUUUGUAUAUUAUCAUUCAAAGAAUGAAGAAUAGAAAUAUAUGUACAUUAUAUAUCACUGUUUUACUCGUUACACAAGUAUGGAAUACCGUAGAUGGGGAUGACUUUGGAUAAGUUUCAUUAUAUCUCACACUGUAACUUGUAGCGAUUUAACAUACUUAUUUUGGUUCUUUACAUAUACUCAUAAAAGUUCUUUAUAUUGAUACAAAUUAUAUUAGAAAAGAAAUAUCUUAUACCCAACUUACUAUUUUUUGAAAUAAAAUCAGUUUAAAGUCACCCGUUAUAAAGACUAACAAUAAGUCAUAUUUUAUUGACAUUUCAAUGUGUUCAGAAUUUCAGGACGCGCCAAGCGAUGAGAUGACUUAGGUAAAAUAUUAAAAAUUGUCAAAAUAAUGACUUCUUGUUACAAUUUGACAUCUGAUCGAUAUUGUAAUAUAAAAAUUUCUAUAAAUAAUUUCUGAAAUAAAAAAAUUUCUAUAAUAAAAAACGUGUUUUUAAAAGUCAACAAAACACUUCCACAUUAAUAACGUACCUAAUUACAUUUUUUCGUAAAAUAUAUAAUAAUAAAAAACUUAAUUGACCAAAUACAGUUAUAUCAAGUAUGUACUUCCUACAAAAAAUGACAAUUCCCAUUUAAUUAUUCUUAACAGUAAAUAAAAAAUUUAGAAUUUUAGUUUGAAAGUAAAUCUAUUUUUUUAAUGGUUCUGACAAUAUCUUCAAAAUUUAGUUACUUGUAAUCUUUAUAUAUCUUUUAUAUUUAAAGACAUAGCAGUGGAACUGUUCAAUAUAUCUCAUACAAAAUUUUACAUUUAUCAACAUCUAAGAUAUUUAUGAUUUAUGAAACAAAAUUCUUUUUUCUAAACAUUUUUAAAUAACGUUUAGAGCUACAUAAAAAAUGUUUUUAUUAAUAAAAAAUUAUAUAUUAGCAGUGGAACUGUUCAAUAUAUCUCAUACAAAAUUUUACAUUUAUCAGCAUCUAAGAUAUUUAUGAUUUAUGAAACAAAAUUCUUUUUUUUAAACAUUUUUAAAUAACGUUUAGAGCUACAUAAAAAAUGUUUUUAUUAAUAAAAAAUUAUAUAUUUAUAAAAAUAAUUGUAUUUAUAAUUUUAGAGUGUAAAAUUUGCUUGUUUUAUUCAUAAUGCACCGCACGCUAUUUUACGGAAUAUGCAACAAGAUUAAUUAAAAAAAUUUAAGUAUAGUGACAAGAGAGCGAAUUAAAAAAUUUAUUACCGAGUUAUAUUGAGUUAAAUUGUCUUUUAAAAAACAAAACUUGUUUCUUGUCGCCUUUCUGUAUUUUUUAUUACCAUAUUGCUACAGUUAAAUUAACAACCAUUGUAGUAAUUCUAUCAUAUCUGUUUAUAAAAAAGAAAAUUCUAAUUUUGUAGUAAGUACACUUUGUACAUUUUGUCCCAAGUCAACUCCAUUUACGGUAAUUUUGAUUGCUCUUUGCGCGUUUUUUGCGAACAAAAAAUGUACUUAAAAAGGAUCGUUCACUUUACGGACGUUCUUUUGUUUCGUAAUAUUUAUUGAAUUUAUUUAAGGAGAUUCUCUAGUUUAAAAUAGUGGAGGAAAGUUACACAACUUUUCUUACUUUUUAACAAAUAAGAAAAGGAAAGAAAAGCCAUUGUAUCUAAGAAAUAAAUAAUAAAAUUUAAACCUAUUAUUUGUUUAAAAUAUUUUCUUUAAAAUAGACAUAUUUAUGUGAAAAUAAUUUGAAAGAUUAUUUAUAUAAUAAUUUAAAUAUAAUUUAGAUAUUGAUAAUUUUAAUAGAAACAUGAUAACAGAGUAUUUAUUUGUUCAGUAAUUGGUAACCAAGAGUCAAUUGUUUCAAUUACUUGUAAACUUACCUAUCAGAUAAACAUAUAUAUGUUUAUUUUUCUUUCUAAAUACAUAAAAAUAAUAGGUACCUGUUGAGUAAAGCUCAACAAAUUAGAACACUCGGUCUUUAUAUAGAGAGCAAAAAAUGAUGAUAAUUUUAUGUAAAAUUUUUUACAUUUUAAACGUAUAAUCUUUUUUCUAUUAAUGCAAAUACUAAUACGAAAAUUCUUAUUAAUAUAAAUAUUAAUAUAAAUAUAGUUUAUCAGUUUCUUUGCACUUUGUCUAUGAUUAAAUUAAUGAAAAUCAUAGGAAUUAUAAAAAUUUAUUUAAAAAUAUUACUGAAAGGAAAUUGUAUGUGUGUGUGUUUGUGGUAAAAAAUUUCGAAAAAAUUUAAGAAUUUCUAUAUUAUACUUAUUCUCAAAAUUUGAUCAAGUUCUUAUAUUAAAUGACUAGAGAAUCUCUUUAAAAUCGAUGUGAUAUAUUUAAUGCAACAAAAAAAAGGAAGAAAGCAAACUGUAGAUAACAGUAAACUGGAAUUUUACAUAUGAAUGUUGUUGAUAUACAAGAUAUUCGGAAAUUUAAUCGACAAACUUUAAGAAAUGAUUAGGGACAUUUCAAGGAUUAUUUUUUUUUUUUGUAAUUGGACUUGGGGUCGAAAAUGGGUUGUUAUAUCAUUAUGACGGUAAUGUCAGCAACGCAAAAUAAUUCGCCAUGUAUGUCACAUCACAAGCCCAGUCUAGAUAGUGCAUGACGUCCAAAAAGUGCCAUAAUUAAAUGGUAAUGUUCGAAUACAUUCUGUGGGUCAAUGAUAAAAUUAUGAUUCUCAUGAUACUUUCUGAGCAUAUUAUCAUAGUAACAAUCCAUCAUUUCUAAUCCUAAAUCCAUUUAUAAAUAAUGAUCCAUAGAAUGUCUCCAAUAAUUCCUCAAAGUUUCGUCGGUUGAAUUUUUGAACAUUCUGUAUUCAGUUAUAACUUUCCUCGAUUUUCAUUGAAUUUACGAGACCACUGCCAGGAAAUACGUCAAAGACGGUUACUGUUCGGAAUUUCUUAACAAGACUAAUCAUUGGACUGGCAUUGGUACAUAUUCUUAUUCCAUCUUAAUUCUAAUUAUUGCGAUAAAUUUUCUUGAAACAUAAAAUAUUUAAAUAAUAAAAUUAUUUUAUCGAUUUUCGCUAAUUUAUUCUGUACUUUUAUUAAGUACAGUUAAAUUUGUUAAUUUAUAAUUGUGUUUAAAAACGUUCAAUCGCAAUUGUAUAUACAGAUAAAUUUUCAAAUAAUGUAAUAUACGUGUACUUAAUAUAUUAAAUAUUAAAACAACGUUCUAUGAUGAAGGAAGAAAAAAUGUCAGGAAAUAUGCGAAUUAAGACUGUAAAAUAAAAAGACAUAACACUUUAUUUGAUAAUGCAAAUGCGUAUACAUAUAUAAAAAGGAUCGUUCGAGUUCAUUGUUUUACCAUAUUUGUAUAACUGCCCAACAAAAUUUCUUAACACUUGUUGUAUUUAUUAAAAAAUACCCCUACAU